GCUGUUUUACAAGCGAACGACGUAUAACUUUCUUGCAAUCGUGAACUGCUAACUAUUUGAAUGUUGCGUUAGUAACAGGGUGGGGCUGCAUAGAGCUCUUAAUGUUUAUUUAUUAUAACAAGAACUAAGGAGCCUCCAACAAAUCAACCCCCGCUAGGAUAGUAAAUUCGACGUAAAUCAACUUUAACCAUUAUUUGAAAUUACGUUAAACCAAUCAAUUCAUGGAGCAAAUUUCUACUGUGUCUGGCAACGCCAACCCUGCUACAGUUUCUGCCAAAAGGGGGACGCAACAAGGUCGCAAAAAGUCUGGGCCCAAGUUCGAACUAUCUGAUGCCCAAAAAUCCGACAUUAAGGAGGCCUUUGAUCUAUUUGACAACGAAGGCACGGGCUACAUUGAGGUAAAGGAACUUAAGGUGGCGAUUAGGGCUCUGGGAUUCGAGCCAAAAAAAGAGGAGAUUAAAAGGAUGAUUUCCGACAUAGACAAGGAUUGCAGCGGACGUAUUGCAUUUAACGUCUUUCUGCAACUAAUGACUAUAAAGAUGGCUGAAAAGGAUACUAAGGAAGAGAUACUUAAAGCUUUUCGGCUUUUCGAUGACGACGAGACUGGAAAAAUCUCCUUUAGAAAUCUAAAGAGGGUAGCUCGCGAACUUGGUGAAACACUGACCGACGAGGAACUACGAGAGAUGAUAGACGAAGCCGAUUUGGACAAUGACGGAGAGGUAAAUCAAGACGAAUUUCUGCGAAUCAUGAAGAAGACCAGUUUGUAUUAAAAAGCUAUAUCAUAGCUGUAUUUGAAUA